UUUACGUUUUUUCAAUAGAAUGGACUCUGAUGAAAGUAAUACAGUAAAUCGUGGUAGAGGCAAAAACAAACGGCCAUGGAAAGAGAUGGAAGAUGAGAUAUUAGUUCAAUGCUUAAAGGAGUUAGCCGCUGAUCUCCACUGAAAAGGAGAGAACGGAUUUAGAAAUGGUUACUUCAGACGUUUAGAGAAAAUGAUUGCUGAAAGGCUACCUGGCUGUGAUUUGAGGGCUAGCUUGCACAUUGAGUCGAGAGUAAAGUAUUUGAAGCAAAAAUAUUGUGCAAUUACGGAGAUCUUAUCAAAAACAGGCGUUACAUGGGAUGACCAAAGAAAAAUAAUUUCAUGUGAUAAAAAGUGGUAUGAUGAUUGGUGUAAGAUGCACGAGUCUGCCAAAGGAUUAUGGGGGAUGCCUUUUCCACACUUAGAUGUUCUUGCAGAAAUCUAUGGAAAAGACAGGGCAACUGGAGAAGGAGUUGAAACAUUUGUGGAUGCAGUACAUAAUAUAGAAAAUGAAUAAGCAAAUCCUAUGCUAGCUUAUAUAGAAGGAGGAUGUCCCAAUGUUGUAGAUGAUGAUAAUGAAAAUGAAACCCAAUCAGCGGAGAGGGCUGCUUCAAGUAGUUCAAGAAAGGCCAAGAAACAUAAAUCCAAUAAAGAGAAAGAAGCAAAAGAUCCUUUACAAGAGUAGGUGGAGUUAUUUUCUAGAACUCUUGGACCAUUCAUAUCUCGAAUGGAGACACAUUUUGCAACUAUGGCUAAUGUUAUGACACGAGAACAGGAAAUGGCAGAGAAGAGUACUGCAGAAAAUAAUACUGCUAGGGUACUGGCAGAGUUACUUGCUUUAUCUUUUAAUAGUAACCAAAUUAUAAAAGCAACUGAUAUUUUUGCCGCUGAACCUAGCAAGAUGAAUGUACUCUUUAGCCUUCCACAACAAUUGAAAAGGCAAUAUGUGCUUGAUGUUCUUAAUUUGAGUGUUGGAGAGUCUAAAGCAGGAUCUACUUCGAAAGAACUUUAGAAAAGUUAAGCUAUAGGAUGUUUUCAUUUGUGUUUGUUAAGUUUUAGGUGGUUGUCAUUUAUUUUGUUAUGUUGAGUACCGUACUUCAGUUGAUGUAAUUCUUCUAAUGAUACUGUUGCUAUA